AUGGAUGACAACAGCUUCAGCAAGGAGUGCUCCUUUGACCGUAUUGAUACUAUAAUGAAGUCUCUUCAGCUCGUGAUCUCCAUACCUACCUUCAUUGUUGGUUUGAUUCUGAAUUUGAUAGCCCUCUGGGUGUUCUACUCUUGGAAGAAACAGACAGAGUCAUCAAUCUACAUGAUAAACCUUGCUCUUGCGGAUCUGCUUCUUCUUUUCUCACUUCCUUUCAAGAUGUACUAUUCCAGAAAAGAGCAGCAGAGGCUCUUAUGCAAAUUUAUAGAGGCUCUCUACUUCGUCAAUAUGUAUGGGAGUAUUUUCAUCAUUGUCUGUAUUAGCUUGGACAGAUAUAUUGCUAUAAGGCACCCACUCAAAGCCAGAGCUUUCCGAUCCCCCAAACAGGCAAUCGUGGUAUGCUGUUGCAUUUGGGUUAUAGUGUGGCUUAGCAGCAUCCCUAUCUAUGACUUCCACAACAAUGACAAAGUCAAGUGCUUCCACAAUAUGUCAGAACAGGCAUGGGAUAUUCCCAUCAUCCUUUCUGUUGAAAUCUUUGGAUUCGUCAUCCCUUUGACUCUGAUGGUUUAUUGCUCUGUUCAGAUCAUCCAGACUCUUUGGAGGCGUAAAAACCAGGGACAGAGAUGGGCUGAGCAAGCUGCCUCUAUAUGGAUCAUUUUAGCCAACCUCAUGGUAUUCGUUGUCUCCUUUACACCGUUCCAUCUUGGGAUCUUUCUGCAGUUCCUGGUAAGACAGCACAUCAUUGUGAACUGCACUGUGAAACAAAGCAUUAGUCUUUUCAUACAGGUGGCAAUGUGUUUAGCUAAUGUCAACUGCUGCCUGGAUGCCAUCUGUUACUACUUUGCCACAGAAGAAUUUCGCAAGAAAUCUAUUUCUGCCACUCCAACUAGUGCUUUGAUUGAACUGCUUAAACUAUAG